UCUGAUAAGCAUUAUCCUUAUUCUGACUGAUAUAUCAUUGUUAGAAUUUAAAGUUGAGGGACAUUCUCUCAUUCGCCUGCGUCCUCCCCAUGCGGGUGCCGAAUGAAUUGAAGCCGGGAUUGAAGAUUACAUGGAUUAUCUCGGAGAUUUGAACGCUUUAUUUACAAUUAACAAAACAUAUUUGACCAUUCAGAACCUGUAAUUGCUGUUCGCUGUUGAAUAUUGGUAUAUCGCUUUAGUCCCCAAAACGGAAGGCAUGGGCGAGUUUAAAGUUACCCAUAACUAUGUUUUACAAAAUAAUGUGAGGUACAUGUACAGUGGACUACCGAGGUCCAUGAAAUACCGGGGAAGUGGUGACUAUCCAAACUUUGACAUGCUGCGAAUCAACAGGGAAAAUUCUGAUCUUAAGAAACUGGUGUUGCAGUCUGACGAGUACCAGAGACGUAUGAACACGUUUCUCAUCCCCAAAGCUCCAGCUUUUAGGAGGUACACCCGCCAUGCAGUGGAUCCAGUGGUCGAUCGUCUUCUAAAACCAACCAUUGCACGGGAAGGAUUUUCUCCCGAAAAACACACAGAUAAAUUUCGGUGCAAAGAGUACACCCGUAAUCCAGAUAAAUCCAGUUUUCCGAGUUAUCAGAAGUUACCGGAAGAUCAGGUGAACGUGAUUACGUCACGGUUGCUGAAACCUACCCAUAUGAGUACUUUAAAGCAGCGACUACCACCUCCACCAUUGCGACAAGACCCUGACAGAGCACGUGUCGUCCAGAUGCACAGCAUGCCCGUUGUUGAUGGUUGACCAAACCUACAUUUAUGAGAGUCAUCUUAUAUACGCAAGAUCAUACUAUUGAGUCUGCCAGAGGACAUCUACAGACAAUGAAACACUUCACAUUGUUCGUUAUCUUACUUUUUCAUCAACUCUGUAUGUUUCUAGAGGCGACUAUUGCAAUGCUAUUUCAUUCUGACUUAUUCGUUUCUUACUAUCUAAAGAAUAUUUCUACACACUUCAUUUUGUAUGCAUAUAUAAAAAGAAGAGUUUAUGAUAUUUAUUGCAAUAUUUUGUUUUGUUGUCUUUCAAAUCCAUUAAUACAAUUAUGAGCACUGUUCAAUAUUGGAAGAUACCACUUAUGAGUAAUACUUGAUAUUAGAGAAUUUUAAUAUAUGUGUACUGGGAUCUCUUUCUUUUGUAAAGUUCAUUUUGUCAUAAAUUGAUUAAAAGAUCUGAGAAAA